GGGCCUACACGCGGUUGGUGGAUUUUGAUUGAGCUUUGUUUAUGUUUGCCCGAUUCAAAGAAUCCUGGCAUGGUGCUUUUACAAGGAAAAUCUGAAAACAUAAGAUUGAAAAGUACAGAGAUUUACAGACAAAAGCUACGGAGUAUUGUUGAACAGCGGCGGACGAUCUCACCGACCUCAGAAAUCCGCCGGAGCUGCAAGAGAAACCCAGAUGCUCGCUCUUUCACCUCGCCGGAACCUACGGAUCUGCUGCCUCUUUUUACGUGACGUGAUGGAGGUUGCCGUUGAUUACCGCUCCGAACAAGAACGCGCCCCCACGAGCUGACAGAGAUUGCCAAAGCUUGUGAUUGGCUCUGGAGGUUUAACCUUCAAAGGACAAAUAAUUUCUUGGGGUUAUGUCCGCAAACUUUACCCAACUCGUAUAAAGGUGACGUUUUGCAUAGUAUUCUAAGAAUCUAGUCGAGCAAAACCCUGAAAACUCCAUGGAACACAAACCCCACAUAGCAAUGCUCCCAAGUCCAGGGAUGGGUCACCUUAUCCCUCUUGUAGAGCUAGCGAAGACACUUGCUUUUCGCCAUGGCUACCAUGUCACAUGCAUCAUUCCCACAUCUGGGUCUCCAUCAAAAGCCAUGAAAGGAGUCCUCCAAGCCCUCCCCACAACCAUAGACCACAUCUUUCUUCCUCCGGUGAACUUGAACGACCUCCCGGCCGGUGGGCAGCCCGGAAUCCAAGUUUUCCUCACCAUGACUCGCUCUCUGCCGUCCAUCCAUGAUGUGUUGAAGUCCUUGGUCGAAACUUCUCGGUUAACCGCCAUCAUCCUUGAUCACACUGCAACCGACGCACUAGAUGUUGCCAAGGAGCUAAAUCUCUCGCCGUACAUUUUCUUCACGUCGAGUGCUUUGGCGCUGUCGUUGCUCUUGCAUUUGCCGGAGCUGGACGAGACAGUUUCAUGCGAGUAUAGAGACCUGCCGGAACCUUUGAAACUUCCGGGGUGCGUAGCUAUCGACGGUGGGGAUCUUAUGGACCAUGUUCAAGACCGGAAAAGUGAAUUGUACAAAUUGUUUCUUUGCCACACAAAACGGCUCCGGUUAGCUGAGGGGAUUAUGGUUAACACGUUCAUGGAGUUGCAGGGAAGAGCCAUCAAAGGUUUGGAAGAGGAAGAAGGUGGAAACCCCACAAUUUAUCCAAUUGGACCAAUCAUUCAAACAGCUUCAAGUACUAAGCAGGUUGACGGGCUGCAAUGUUUAAGUUGGUUGGACGACCAGCCGAGUGGCUCCGUCCUAUUUGUGUGUUUUGGGAGUGGCGGAACCCUAUCCCACUCUCAGCUCAAUGAGCUAGCCUUGGGAUUGGAAUUGAGUGGGCAAAAGUUCUUAUUGGUGGCAAGAAGCCCAAACAAUGAAUUGGCUAAUGCAGCAUACCUCAGUGACCAAAGCCAUGACAACCCUCUAGCUUUUUUGCCAGAAGGUUUUGAAGACAGGACCAAAGGGCAAGGCCUAGUGGUGCCGUCGUGGGCGCCGCAGGCUGAAGUCCUCAGCCACGGCUCUACUGGCGGGUUCUUAACGCACUGCGGCUGGAAUUCAAUCCUGGAAAGCAUCGUGCACGGCGUACCUUUGAUUGCAUGGCCGCUUUACUCAGAGCAAAGAAUGAAUGCAGUGUUGCUGGUUGAGGAUCUGAAAGUGGCUUUAAGACCAAAAGCUAACAAGAAAGGGCUAGUGAGCAGAGAAGAAAUUGCAAAAGUUGUGAAGGGUUUGAUGGUGGGAGAAGAGGGGAAAAGAGUUGGCAGCCGGGUGAAAGGCCUGAAGAUGGCUGCUGAGAAAGCAUCAAGUGCAGAAGGUUCUUCUACAAAGGCAAUCUCUGAAUUAGCAUUCAAGCUGCAGGCUUCUAAAACAGGACAAUCUUAAUUUUCUUGUUUUUUCAUGUAUUGAAGACCUCAUUACUACUUAUAUUCUAUAUGAACAAAAAAAAUAGUGAUGUUCCGGGAUCCAAAUUCCCUGCCAU